CCACCGCGCACCACACUCACGACUCUGGAUCCAUCACAGCCCACAGCCCACAGCCCCCACCCAAGCAUGAUGCGCUGCUGUAAGAUGUGGACACGCAACAGCGCGCCCUCUCUUGCGCUCGCCCUCUCGCUCGCCUUCAGCCUGGCCAUCCUCGCAGUCGCAUGCACAGCACAAGCCUCGCAAGCGAUCCUGCGCAGCGACAGCGACAGCGACAGCGACAGCCUCGACUCCUCCUCCUCCUCCUCCUCUUCCUCUUCUCGCCGCGGCGCGCGUCCUUGGAGCUCUUCACCGCGCUUCGCGGUGGAUUACUAUCCCGCUCAAUGGCACGCCUCUCUCUGGCACUCUGACGCGAAGCUCAUGGCUCGCAGCAACAUCACCCACGUCCGCAUCUCCGAGUUCGAUUGGGCCAUGCUGGAGCCGAGGGAAGGCGUAUUUAAUUGGACCUUGUUGGAUGCCUCGUUGGACGCGCUGCGUGCGCACGGAUUGAAAGUCAUCCUGGGCACGCCUACAGCUACGCCGCCCGCUUGGGUGGUGCGGCGGUACGAUGUGCUGCCGAGGGAUGAGUAUUUGAGGCAGAGACAUUUCGGAAGCAGACGUCAUUACAGCUUCUCCUCGCAGCACUUUAGAAGCUUGAGCAGCAACAUUACGCGCGCAUUGGCAAAGAGGUACGGUAUGCAUCCCGCAGUGGAUGCUUGGCAGCUGGACAAUGAGCUGGGCUGUCACAAUACAGUGCGCACAUACGACCUGCACGCCACGCGCGCCUUUCAACGCUGGCUGGCGCGCAAGUACUCGGACGACAUUGCCCUGCUGAACGAAGCGCAAGGAAGAGCCUUUUGGAGCGAAGCGUACGAGAGUUUCGAGGAUGUGCGCGCGCCCAGCUUGACGGUGACGGAGGAUAAUCCGGCAUUGCGCAUGGAUUGGUUGAGAUUCAGCAGCGAACAGGUGGCCGAAUUUGCGCGCGAACAGGUGGAUGUCAUUAGGCGAUACUCUGAUCGUCCCAUCACCACCAACUUUUUCGGUUCAUUCGAAUUCGACCAUCACGCUUUUGCCAAACGAACAGGCAUCGACUUCGUCACGUGGGACUCGUACCCGCUAGGCUACACCGAGGCUACACCGUGGGUCAAGGAGCAGGACAAGAUCACCUUUGCCAGGACUGGAAGACCCGAUGCGCAGAGCCUGCAUCAUGCCAUCUACCGAGGCGUAGCUGGUGCAGCACGUGGUCAAGCGAGCGGCGAAUGGGGUGUGAUGGAGCAGCAACCAGGACCAGUGAAUUGGGCGCCUGCCAAUCCCUCUCCUGCACGAGGCAUGAUCCGACUAUGGUUGCUCGAAAUCUUUGCGCACGGAGGAUCUCUAGCGAACAUCUUCAGAUGGAGGCAGGUCCCCUUUGCUCAGGAACAGAUGCACGCUGGCAUGAUGCGACCUGACAAUGUGCCGGAUGCGGCUUGGCACGAACAGCAGGCGGCGGCGAGGGAUGUGCGGGCGAUGGAGCGCGAGGGUGUUUUGAGUCGCCGACCCGGCGGCGGCGAUGGGGAUGGGGAUGCUGCUGCUGCUGCAGAGGAGCAUCCCCUGCGAUGGACUUUGAACAGAACGACGCCCAAAGUGGCCCUCGUCUUGGAUUAUACGGCGCCCAUGCUGCUGGAAGUCAACCCGCAAGGUGGCAGGUGGGAUACCAACACGUUCAAGGAUUACGCUUUCCAGUAUCCCGAACUGCUUACGGAGUGGUACAGCGCGCUGCGUCGAUUGGCGUUGGAUGUGGAUGUGAUCGGACCGGAUACGUCGCUAGCGAAUUACACGCUCGUCCUUGUUCCUACCAUGCCCAUCAUCUCGUCCGAAUUCGACCAACACCUAGCAAAUUACAACGGAACGGCAGUCUUUGGUCCUCGCACAGCAUCCAAAACCUCCAACGUAUCCAUUCCACACGGACUAGCCCCGUCCAGCGGAGCCUUGCGGGAUCGCAUGCCGCUAAAAGUGGUGCGCGUCGAAUCUCUGCGCAAAGGGCUCGACGAUAGCGUCUCGUUGCAGCAGCAGCAGGGGGCAGCAGCAGCAGCAACGUAUGCCGUCGAUACGUGGUCCGAAUGGCUCGAGUGCGAACGGGACAAUGUGCGAGCUAGCGAGCCUUCGCCAGUCUUGUACCACACGUAUCGCGCGGGAGAAGCAGCUUCGUGCGAGCACAUCACGUCGGACGCAAAGCACACAAUCUACCUAGGCUACUAUGCCCGCUCCAACUCUCUCAUCCCCCUCUUUGCCUCUCUCGCCGCUCGUCUGCGCAUCCAAAACGUUCUGGACCGUCGACCUAGCGCAUCGGAAGAUCUGGGAGAGUACGUGCGACUCGCGAGGUACGCUGAUACGCUCUUUGCUUUCAACUACGACGACAAGAGGACGCGAGAGGUGCUUGGUGUGCCGAGCGAUGCGAUCAGCAUCUUUGGGCAAGAAGAGCAAGAGGAUCACACCAUCGGUCCUGCGGGUGUUCGCGCGUGGAAACUGUCCUAGCGCACGCGCGGGCGCGCGGGCCGCCAGAUCGAAAGCGGGCGUGGAUCUGGAAUGCAUACAUUUCGCCCCCC